AACACUUUGCACCAAGGGUCAGAUCUCGAGCCGGCUUACACAGUCAAGGCUAGAGCCGUCUGUAGACGGCGGCGCACCCCACGCCGACGUUGUGCUCAACCGGAGGGCUUAGUGGGGGACCCCGCCGGUGCACCACCUGAUCCUGUUUCGCGCCGUGCUAUUCCGUACAGAGGUUGGCGGUUCUUCUAUGAUCCAUUUUUGCUUUUUCUCCCGCUCCCAAUCUGCUUAGUGGCCGCUCCUCGCUUUAUUCCCCGGAAAGUGGGUGGAGGGGACUCCAUCCUCACUCUUGCUUGCAGAGCAAGCUUCGUCAUAUCCGGAGCAGUUCCGUUUCAGGCGCCAUGGUGACCGGACGUCCCGUCCCUCUGUGCAUUCGUCUUCUUCUUCUCCUCCUCUGUUCUGCUUCAGUUUUUUCUUCUUCUUCUGAUCUCGUUCUGGAAUCGGGGUACACCGUUGAGACUGUGUUCGACGGGCACGGGGCCCAUGUCUCUCCCUUCUCCGUCAUCCCUUACGCCGAGGGUCUGAUCCUCCUCGACAACGUUCAUAGCGCCUUCUACAGAGCCCCUCUCCCGAUCUCCCUGACAAGUGUGUUUAAUCACAUAUCUGGAAGCGGAAACGGGUUUGUGGACGGGGAUUUGGUGAAGGCAAUGUUUAGUCGGCCUCGGAGCUUCACGGUGGAUGAUAAUGGCAAUAUUUAUGUUGCAGACAGGGCAAAUUUCGCCAUCAGGAAGAUUAGCAAGUCAGGUGUAAGUACCAUUGCUGGAGGAUAUGCAGGAAGGAGUGGAAAGAGUGGACAUGCAGAUGGGCCUAGUCAAAAUGCAACCUUCUCUAACGAUUUUGAGCUAAUAUUUGUUCGAAAAAUAUGUGCUUUGUUGAUAUCUGAUAGAGCAAAUGAUCUAAUUCGACAAAUUAACUUGAGAUCUGAAGAUUGUCUGCAUGAUACCCAUACAGGGUUGGGAAUGACAUCAACAGCAAUAAUAAUAGUUUCCUGCGUACUCUUCGUUCUCAGUUUUGGUGCUGGAGUUGUAGCUGGGCCGUUCAUCACGCGCAACAAAGACGCCAAUUUCAGCAAGAUGAAGAAGCACUUCCAAAUCAAUCUGCGGAGACGCACAUGGAUGCUCUGCUCUGUCAUCAAAAGCGGAGUUGCUAACUCUAUCCUUUACAUGCUGAUGCAGCAAUUAGCUAGGUUGUGUGUAUCCCAUCUGUUUCUAAUGAUAAAAGCUUGCAUAGGAGAAAAACGGAGGUUCUAUGUGGAUGCCUGUGAUGCAGCAUCUGAGAUUAAGGAGCCUCUGAAGGACUUGAUUGACUUUGAUGAAGGUAUAGACAAUUCAUGUAUUACUUCUUUGGAGUCAUCUGCCAAGCAUGCUAAUGUUCUACCUUCUGCUAAAGGAAAGUUAGAGCAAAUGAUUGAAGCUAGUGUCUCAGGCUUUGAAUCCCAAGUUGAAAAUGUGCCCACUGCUGGUCCGUCAGGUAAUAGGCUCUUAGUACAUGGGACCCCUCUAUGCUUGGUGAAAAGAAUGCCCAAAGUUGACUCCGUAGUUAUGUGAAUGGUAUGCUAUUAUUAUGAAUUAAGAUAUUUUGCUGA